AGAAUGUCUCCACCGAAGGAUUUUAGUGCUAAAUGUAUUCCUCCAAGAGAUUAUCAGGUUGAAUUACUUGAUCGUGCAAAAAUUCAAAACACGAUUAUUUCGCUCGGUACUGGUAGUGGAAAAACGUUUGUGGCGGUUCUUUUAAUAAAAGAAUAUUCUCAGAGGUUGUUACAUCAAAAUGAAAAAGCUGUGUUUUUGGUUAAUACCGUUGAACUUGUUGCCCAGCAAGCUGAGCACAUUGAAUUUCAUUCGAGUCUUUCUGUUGCCCGUAUUUCUGGUUCUACAAUUAAAAGAAAAUAUGAGAGAAAAGAAGUUGAGAAAAUUACUAGCAGCAGUCAGGUGAUUGUAAUUACUGCUCAAGUGUUUCUUGAUUUAAUCAAUCAUGGGUUAUUCGAUUUCUCUUCUUUGGCCUUGUUGAUUGUUGAUGAAUGCCAUCAUUGUUUGGGAGAACUGCAUCCAUAUAGGCUGAUUAUGAAUCAUUACAAGAAAUUGCAAGGUCAACGACCACGCGUUUUGGGCCUUACAGCUUCAAUUCUGAAUAAAAAAGUGCCAUCCUCUCGCAUUGAGUGCACCGCUCAACUGUUAGAACAAAUAAUGGAUUCACAGAUAGAGACCUCCAGUAAUUAUACACAGAUAUGCAAAUAUGUUACAAAACCAAAGCAAUUUAUUGUUUGUACAAAGGAUGAUUGUACAAAUGAAAAAUUUGUGGUUGAUUUAUUGGAGCGCCUUCGUUCAUUUAUUGAAAAGAAUGAAGAUUUUCAUUCAGAACUUGAAGUUGAUCCGCGUCGCAAAAUUUAUGAAACAAUUUCCCGUUCAUUUUCAACUCUUCAACAAGUUGGUAGUUGGGCAGCUCUAAAAGGUUUUAUCCUUUGGCAAAAGAAUUUACUUAAACAUGUUGAUGACCCAAUAAUUGGCAAUAAACAAAAAUGUAUUUUAAGAAUGGCUGAGACUGCUUUUAGAACUUGUUCAAAAGUUUUAAGUCACAAAAUAAAUCCAUUAAACAGCUAUGACAAAUUGGGUAACGUGAACAAAUCAUAUAUCAGUGACAGAGUGCGCAAAUUGUUGGAAAUAUUAAAAAGUUAUUCGCCCUCAAAACGUGAAUUGUCUGGAAUUAAAGAUACACUUUUUGGAUUAGUUUUUGUGAAAGAACGAUUUAUUGCCUUUAUGAUUAAUAAUUUACUUCGUUUUCUUGUAAAACAAAAUCCUGAAGAGUUUGGACAUUUAAAAGUGGACUUUAUUGUUGGACACACUGGCAAUUCUGAAACUGGCGAUGAAGAUAGGCGUCUGGUAAAUCGAAAACAGGAACGAACUCUUACACAAUUCCGGAAUGGGCAACUAAAUUUAUUAAUAACAACGAAUGUUCUGGAAGAAGGAAUUGAUUUAAGAAAUUGUAAUUUGGUUAUUCGAUUUGAUCCACCAAUGGAUUUUCGGUCAUUUAUCCAAUCUAGCGGUCGUGCUCGAAGGGAAAAUAGCGCUUUUUAUAUACUUAUUGAGGAGAAAAAUUAUUUGGAUUUUAUGAUGGACUUAACUGGAUAUGCACAAGCAGAAGAGUUUGUUUUGCGACGUUAUCGUUCUGGCAAUGAUUUUACUUUGGAAGGAAAUGAUGAAACAAAAAUGAUACAUCCCCAUCUGGAUGAUGCUGUUGCUCCUUAUGUUGUUACAACUGAAAAAGGGACAGCUAAAGUCUCAUUAAGUAAUGCUAUACAAUUGGUGAACAGAUAUUGUGCAAAAUUACCAUCAGAUAUUUUUACUCGAUUAGUGCCACGUUAUACAAUACAAACUUUAUCAGAAAAUGGACAAACUUUGUAUAUUGCCGAAUUAUAUCUUCCGAUCAAUUCACCAAUAAAGGAGCCAAUAAAAUCUAAACCGAUGACUUCUAAAAGAUUAGCUUUAAUGGCAGUUGCUUUGGAGGCUUGCAAACGAUUACAUCAAAGAAAAGAAUUAAAUGACAAUCUUUUGCCUGCAGGAAAAGAUAUCUUGGAUGAUCUUCUAGGUGAAGUAGAUGAUGACGAAUAUCUGCCUCAUUUACCAAGCAGAAUGGGAUCCUCAAAGAAAAAACGUCUCUACGAUAGAAAAAUGUCGAAAACUCUUAAUUCUACAUUACCUUCGCAAAACAGUGAAUGCAUUCUUUACGUUAUGGAAAUGAAACUAGUUAAGCCCGUUACUGAUGAAGGAAAUCCAAAGAGGAGAAAAAUUAUUGAUCCUUUCGAAUCAAAUUCGGCAUUUGGAUUUUUGUCUUCUAAGGAGCUCCCGAAGGUUCCAGGAUUUCCAGUUUUUCAACGGAAUGGCGAAAUGCUUGUGCAAAUUCGAAAAGUAAAGAAUCAACAAUUUCGUCCCACUUUUGAACUUUUACAACUUAUUUACCUCUUUCAUCAACACAUUUUUGAAGAUAUUUUGCGUGUUGCUCGUGGUGGUGUUGUUUUUGCACCUGUAAGCACUGCCGAUUUGGAUUAUGAAAUUGACAAAGAUUACCUUAAUUGGAAUAUCCGCGAAUCUCCAACUACACCUUCAGAUGAAAUUAGGAAACAAUUUUCUUUUGAAGAAUCAAACUACUUAAAUUCUGUUGUUUCACCUUGGUAUCGUUCUGAAGAUCAGUCUGCUUUUUAUUACGUAGCUGAGAUAAUGACUGAUCAAUUUCCGUCUUCUUCAUUUCCUGAUGAAAAAUUUACUUGUUUCAAUCAAUACUUUAUGAGUAAAUAUCAAUUGGAGAUCUACAAUCAAAAACAAAAUUUACUUGAUGUUGACCAUACAUCUGCUAGAAUGAAUCUUUUAUUACCACGAGCAAUUACUGGAAAAUCGGCUACUCGCUCACUAGACCCAUCUCAACGUCAAAUUCUUGUUCCAGAAUUGGUACAUAUACAUCCUCUUUCUGCAACUCUUUGGUCAAUUAUUGUUACUCUUCCUACAAUUCUUUAUAGACUUAAUUCUUUACUGCUUGCCGAUGAAUUUCGUAGCAAGGUUCUUGAAGAUGCUUUGAAAUUUAAUUCACAAACACCCGACGAUUUUGAAUGGAGUCCUCUUCAAUAUGUCACUCUAAAUGAUGAUCUGACACAAAAAAGUAUAAAAAAUUUAGAUCAAUUGAGAAAAAUGAAUAAACAAGAGAAGGAAAAUGAAGUACCAAUGGAGCUUGAUAUUAUUGGAGAGAAUGUGAAUGAGACAGCAGCAAGUGGAAUUAAUGAUUUUGAAAUCGGUGUUUGGGACCCUUCAGAUGGCGCACAAAUGUCUAACAAUGAUAAUACUUCGAAUGAGCCUUCUCCAGUCAUUCACAAUGCACCUGUAAAUGGAUUAAUCCCUGGGCGGAGGAAUGGUCUUCGAGGAGUUAUAGCUGCUAGAGACGAGGAGCUCUCAGAAAUUAUUGCUGUCGGGAAUGAUACAACACUUCAUAAUUAUGGAGAUAUUUCUGAUGAUGAUGAUGUUGCAGCUGAAUAUGAUAAAUUUAAAUUUUUGAUGGACAAUAAAAUGACUACAAGUGAUAUUGGUGAUCUAGGUGAAAUGGAUGUUCGACCUGCGGGGUGGAAUGACGAUAGCAAUGCCAAUACAAUAUCGACAAACAAUCCUCAUAUUAAUAUUGCAAGUUUAAUGAAUGAUUUGGAGAAAAAUUAUGCUGCUUUUGGUACUUCAAGCCAUAUUUCCAAUAAUAAUAAGGCGAAUACCCCUAUCAUUCCGAGUGCUACUGCUGUUGACAAAACGGUCUUGCAAAGAAAGGAGCUUAAUCUAGAUUCGUUGAAUAACAUUGACCCUAAUGAUCAGUCGGUAAAAAGGCAAAAUGAAGAUAUUUUACCAGAGGAAGUUUUUUGGGGAAUGGAUGAAGCUCAGAUAGGAGAGAAUAUUAGCAGUGAAGAAACGAAUAAAAUCAUCCAAACAAAAAGUGCUGAUUCUAUUAGCCCUACACGUGAUUUGAGAGAUCUUGAAAAACAAAACUUUAAAAUAAUGGCACCUGAACUUAAAUGGAUGCCUUUUUCUUUUAUGUGGAACUUACUUGAUCAGAAUCCCCAUGGUGUUUCACCAGCUCUACUGCUUCAAGCAUUGACAACUUCAAGUGCUGCGGAUGGAAUAAAUUUGGAAAGGUUAGAAACAAUUGGAGAUUCAUUUCUCAAAAUGGCUGUUACCAACUAUUUCUACUAUAAACACACUGAACAACAUGAAGGAAAAUUAAGCUAUGCUCGUUCAAAAGAAGUUUCGAAUUCCCAUCUUUUUUAUCUUGGACGGCAACGAGGCAUCCCUCUUCUAAUAGAAACACUAAAAUUCGAUCCACAUGUUAACUGGCUUCCUCCUUGUUAUGCUUCUACUUCAGAAUUUCAUGCUGUCAAUCCUUUUGAUUAUACAGAUUUAGAUGAAGAUCAACGUGAAGUGCCAAUGGAGGGUGUUGAUACUAAUGAAACUGUAGAUCAACAGCAAAAGAUUAAUAAAGAAGCAAUAACAACUGGGUGGGGUACUCUGGACGAUGAUAAACAGAAUUAUAAACGUGAAAAUGGUGUAGAAACUUUAACUUUUCCACAACCAACAAAAUCAGAAAUUCCAGACUUACCUCCAAUGCCAUAUAAUAUGCUAACUCAACAAUGGAUAAGUGACAAAUCAAUUGCUGAUGCGGUAGAGGCAUUAAUUGGAGCACAUUUAAUUCAACUUGGACAAUCAGCUACUCUCAAAUUUAUGAAUUGGUUGGGAAUUAAGGUUCUAACUGAUAUUUCUUCAUUGCCCUCACCACUUCUACGUUUUAUUGACACACCUGAAGAUCCUAAUCUUUCACUUAAACACCUUGCCCUUCUUUAUGAGAAAUUUGAUUUUGCUACUGUUGAGAACAACAUUGGUUAUAAAUUUGCAAAUAAGGCAUAUUUAGUCCAAGCAUUUACACACGCUUCAUAUUACAACAAUCGAGUAACCGGUUGUUACCAACGUUUGGAAUUCCUUGGCGAUGCUGUUUUAGAUUAUAUGAUAACUCGUUUUCUUUACGAACACAAAAAGCAAUAUAGUCCUGGUGUUCUUACUGAUCUUCGCUCCGCUCUUGUCAAUAACACAAUUUUUGCUUCUCUUGCAGUUAAAUAUUCUUUUCACAAACAUUUUGUUAUGAUUUGUCCUCCACUCUAUCAAAUGGUCGAAAAGUUUGUUAAUUUUUGUAAGCAAAAAGAUUUUCUUCACUGCGCGAAUUUUGACGAUGAAAUAUUUAUGUUAACUGAAGAUGAAAUUGAUGAGGAAGAUCUUUUAAGUGAAGAGGAUGUAGAAGUACCUAAAGCGAUGGGUGAUAUUUUCGAAUCAAUUGCUGGUGCUGUUUAUUUGGAUUGUGGAAUGGAUUUAGAUAUUGUUUGGCGUGUAUUUUAUAAUUUAAUGAGAGAUGUUAUACAAAAAUGUUGUGAAAAUCCACCACAAUCGCCAGUUAGGGAAUUAUUUGAGAGAAAGAAUUGUCGAGCAAAAUUCUCAAAAUUGGAACGAAAAUUAGAAACAGGCAAAGUUAGAGUUACUGUAACGGUUAAUGAUAAUCUCCAAUUUACUGGGAUGGGGAGGAGUUAUCGAAUUGCUAAAUGUACAGCUGCUAAACGAGCACUUCAACAUUUAAGAAAGUUAGAUGCCACAAAAUCAGCAAAGAAUAAAUAA